UAGAACACAGUUAGCCCAUUAGCCAACUCUUUAUAAAAAAUACUCUGAUUUGUUUUAUAGUUAUUGCAGCCAACUAAAAUACAUAAGAACAAAAGGUGACAUAAUAUAGAUUUUAAUAAAAGUCGAUCAGUUUAUAAACUGUAAUAAAUUUUAAGACUAUUGCAAACAUAAUUUACUAGGCAGGAAACUACGAGAGGAAAUUACCAUAUGCUGUAAACAAAGUGUAAACUACUAAACAAUGUAUAUAUUUCAUGUGUGUAACAAUAGUUACUAGUUCUUCAGAAUAUGUAUUCUUAUCUUUUCAGUUAUUGUACAUAAUAGACAGUUUUGCAGACAUUCUAAACUUUUGCACAUUAAAUAAAAUGUCAGGCAUCAAAAUAAUCACCACUAGCACUGUAAGGAAGGUGUUAAAAUAUGAAGAACUCAUACCAGCAAUAGAAAGAUGUCUUGUUAAAUAUUCUCUUGGAAAAAUACAACAACCCGUCCGGUCAACUGUGGAGGUGGAAAAACAUGAAGGAUGUUUAAUGACGAUGCCAGCAUACGAUACUGUUGAUGAUGUAGCUCUUCUUAAAGUAAUUUCAUUAUAUCCAAAGAAUGGGACAACCAACACUGCACCAAAGCAUCAAUCAACAAUCCUUUACUUUCUUCCUUCAACCGGUAUUCUUGCAGCGAUAAUUGAAGCACAUCUUAUAACAUAUAUGCGGACAGCAGCAGCCACUGCAGUGGCAACCAAGUACCUAGCACCAGACAAUGCUAAAGUGUUGGCAAUAUUUGGAGCAGGAGGACAAGCAAGAAGUCAUUUUCAAACCAUGAACAAAAUCCAUAAAUAUGAAGAGAUACUAGUUUGGAAUCACACCACAGAAAAUGGUGAAAAAUUUUGCAAAGAAAUUUCAAAAACUUUUAAAAACGUUCGAUUUUGUUCAAACGCAAAAGAAGCAGCUUCGAAUGCAGAUGUUAUUGUGCUGGUGGUAUCUUCACAAACACCUGUGCUUAAGGGGGAGUGGCUCAAAGAAGGUGUUCAUGUCAAUAGUGUUGGUGCUUGUAGACCAACAUGGAGAGAAAUGGAUGAUGAAUGCAUGAACCAGUGUGAGCUUUAUGUAGAUAGUAGAGAAGGUGCUUUGAAGGAAUCUGGUGACAUCAUCAUGUGCCAACCAAAGAAGUUGAUCAAUGGAGAGAUUGGUGAAGUAAUUGAUGGAAGAUGUAAAGUUGAUAGAAACAAGAAAACAAUAUUCAAGUCAUUAGGAAUCGCAGCUGAGGAUUUGGCAGCCGGACAUUUGGUUUGGAAGAACUUGGGCAGCGAGAUCUGAAUUAAAUGAAACACCAUGAAAGAUUAUAUAUAUAUAUAUGCAAAGAAUGGUUGCAUAUGGAAAUUUCAAUAAUAAAGAGUUUUAAAAAUCUACUGCAUAGUUUACAAUAUUAAUGGGAAAGUAAAAAACCAUUUAAAAUUUGCUAGCAAUUUAUUUUACUACACAUGUAAGAAUUUGGGAUCUGUAAAAUAGAAUUACUAAGUAUAUUCUGUAUGGGCGAGGUUGUUGCAACUUGACACUUAAAGUAAUGUCACAUUAACCAAUCACAAUACUUCGUUAAUCAAUGUCAACACUGCAGAUACGACUUAUCUUAUGGGAGACUAUCUCAUGAAAACAAACCCCCCGUUGAACGAGGUUAAUGAUAUCCCACUCAGCCGCUGACAGGCCCAAAUCGAUUCCAGCAUUUUAUCGCAUGACGUCACACUGCUGUCACGUGAUUCUGU